CCAAAGUAAUUUAAAGGUAUAUACAGAUCGAUGUUUGCAUUGUACGAUAUGUCUUUGAAUAAGGUCAUGCAUUUAAAUCUUUUCCAAAUGCAUUCAAAAUAAUAAUUCAUGCAUAAUAAAUACAUUGUUAGCAAAAGAAAAAUAGACUACUACAUGUAGGAAGCUAUUCUGAAGAUUGGAAGUAUAAUAUUUCAAAGAAGAAAAGACGAUAUAACAACCACGGAUAUACCUAAACAAUCAAAAAUGGCUUCUGUCGUUUUUCUUGAGGCACUGCUGUCCACAUUAAUGGUGGACUAUAUCCUUUCGACAGAUCCAUGUCAAGAAUCGAACACAACUUUGAAGUAUGUAGACAGAUGCCCAAAGACCUUGAUAGAGUGGAGAGAACGUUCUCUGAUGAAAAACUGUGGCAACAUUAAGCAAGACUGUACCGAAAAGAACAAUUUUCAAUAUCAUUGCUUAAUCAAUGAAUACUUAAACGAAACAGUUGAAGUGUGUGCUCCAGUUUCUCAGAUAUUAGGAUACAAAUGUGCAGAGUAUAAUAUAAUAGGAAGACGAAUUCAGGACAGCGCUGAUAUGAAUUGUACAUCAUGCCCUUUCCAGUACUAUUCAAACUUGUCUUACGGACAUCAAGAGUGCUAUGCAGCUAUUCAUCGAAAAAAACCCUGUCAGUAUGUGAAAAGUUCAAGCCAUGAAGAGGACAAAGAACUACAAUUUUUAUGGAUAAUCCCUUUAACUCUGUCCUUAAUUUUCAACAUAGUCCUUGCUAUUGUAGCUUGGAAACUCUACUUGAAAAAGAGAUCUGGUCAAAGCGGUUCUAAAAAUGAAAGAGUGAAGUUGCUAUCUAAACUGAGAUCUGGUAGUUAUUAUGAAUUGCAACAAACUGAUGCUCAACAUAUCAGAGAACCUUCAAAUACUGGUGUAACCAACCACACCAAGAACAUAUUUGUUGCAGCUAUUCAGUUUGGGGAUAAAAUUUGCGGUUUUGCUUUUUCCAAAGGAGACGAUCCAGAAAAAGUAGAAUUAAAUCAUCAUGGAACAUUUCCAAAACCGUACACAACUAUAAGGCUAUUACUCUAUGACAACAAAUUACAUUCAUGGGGAUUUGAUGCACUAAAAGACUACAUAAAAUUUUGUAAAAAGGGAAAAGUAAAGCACUGCACCUAUUUUGAUGAAAUGCAUUUUGAAUCGGAGGUACAAGAUGGUAAAUUCUACGUUAGGGAUAGCAAUGGUAAGAAACACAUAGCUGAGGAAAUCUAUAAAGAAUACUUGAAAUGGGCUACAAACCAUGCCAGACAUGAAAUUGACAAACUCUACAAGUCAGAUAAACCAAAGUAUGAUGACAUCCACUUCAUAUUCACCGUUCCGAAUAGAUGGGAUGAAAGAUACCAUUUAGCUUUGAAAGAAAUAAUAAAUGAUAUUUUUCCUUCUGAUGCCGCACAGAAAGAAAUCGAUAUUCUUGGAGCAUACUCUGCCGUGUCAACAUUCGUCCAUGAAGUUUAUGAAGAUGUAACGUGUCAUAACUUCAAAGCUGACAACUUAAAGUUUACUAGAGGAUUUCAAUAUGCAGUGCUAAAUAUUGGUUCAUAUGCAUGUGAAAUAAGUUUUCUGAGAGUACAAACUAAAGGGAGUAAUUUUGUAAAUCAGGAAUAUAGAUUCCUGGAGGAUACAGCACCAGAAAAAUGCUUCUUACAGUUCUUAGUUGAUAUAUUCACUAAGAAACCCAUAGAAAGACUAGAAAAGGAACAUCCCGGUGAAUACUACGCAAUGAUGUAUAGUUUUGAAAUGUGGCAGCUUCGGUGUGAGAAGGACGAUGCAGAUGUAGAGGUAGAGUUAUCACCGGCAUUUUUAAAAUUAGUAAAAGAAACCACUCGGUGCGAGGCUGAAUCGCUGCUCCAUAGAUCGAAACACAGUCAAGGAAUUAAAAUACACGAAAAGUCAUUCACUAUUGAUAAGGACUUUAUGUUAGAGGCAUGUUUUUCUGAGGUUGCAAAGCUAGCUUGUGAAGUUGCAAAGACUGGAAUUGCGUCGGUUUUGGAAGACGAAAAUAAGCCACACAAUGCUAUCAAUUUCAUCUGCUUGACGGGGGUUUAUUCAAAAGUGAAAAGAGUUCAAGAUGAUAUAAUCGAGAACUUUUCUAAGAAAACAAUUGCCAUUCCAUCUACGCCAUAUUUAGUUGUUGCUAAAGGAGCUGCUUACUACUGCUGUAAAAAACUUACAUCAACCAAUCACAAUUAGUAAAAAAUUAUCCUAGGAUGAAGAAAAGGAGCAUACAUAGGACUCAUUGAGCAUUGUGUGAGAAUCCUGCUUGUUCUGAUAUUCUUGUUAGUAGUUAUUUUCUGUCAUCAUCUAUUUUUCCAUGUUGUUUUAAAUUUGCCUGUAUAUCCAUGUUAUAAAAUAUAACUUGUAAACUUAUUCUUACUGGAUUUAAUAAAACUUUACAAUUUUC